CAAAUCAGUUUGUUUUUUUGAGAACCAUAGAAGCAGUUGGAUUUCCAUACUAUAAGUUGUUAAUGAGUCUAGGCGAUUGUAAGGAAUAUAUUUUGUAUUUUGAAAGAAAAGUGUGGUCGCCACUUCGUUUAAAUAGGGUUUUUGAUAUUUACUACAAGAGUUAUGAUUCCGAUAUCACAGUGUCUCGAGUAGAACUAAGGGUUAUAUGCAACGAUACAGGAAUACAAGCUUUGUCGAAGAAUGGCGUCGGUUCGAAAGAAUUUUCUGCAACAUUAUUUCUACCGACAAAUCUGGCAACUACUUUUUCAACAUUAACUAUAUUUAGUUGCAGUAAAAAAUCGAUUGAAAAUCGUACAAAAGUUAAAGAAUUCAAUUUGUUGCCAUUUUAUAUGAAGCCUGUGUCAACUGAUGAUGAAUCAGAUUCAGAAGAUCCAUAGAGUAAAAAAAAUAGAAGCUGGCUUACAUGUAUGUAUCUUACCUUGAU